UGGACAGCAUGGAAUCCCAGUCCCAGAUGGGCCUCACUUCCUCUUCAGCUCUCUCUCGUUUCGUCUCAGUGUUUACAUUAUGCCCAGCUUUAGUUUGUUGUAUGUGAAAAACACUGUCAUCUUCAUCAUCGUCAUCCAGUAAAUGAUCUUCGGUCUAUACAUACUCUUCAAUCAGACAUUCAUCCACCUCUUUCUUUCUUUUCUCUCUCUCCCUGCAACUUUCCCUUCUCUAUGUUCCAGUCAACCAGGUUGUUCUCCUCCCCCCACCCCUCUCUCUCUCUCUCUCUCUCUCUAGCGAAUUAUUUAGGCUGGCUACUUUGCUCAACCUUCUCUCCGCCCUUCCCUCUUCACUCUCAAUAGGAAGCUGUUAAACCCAACAGCCUCCUCUCUUCUUCUUCCUCCUCUCCUGCUAUGGCAGAUCCCUACUCUAAUUUCUACAAACUCUACAGCCACUACCCUCUCAUCUCCGAUCCAUCCUUCCCACCAGCUGCGUUUCAAUCCUACAGCUUCAGCACACACAGCUCACUCCCGCCGCAUCCUCCAUCUCCUCCCCUUAGAGAAGCCCUCCCUCUCCUGAGCCUCAGACCCACGAGGUACCAAGAGGAGGAGGAGGACACCUCGUGCAGUGCCUCCGCCGGAGGGAGUAGGAACAAAGCCGCGCGUGCCGAUGAUGAAGCUGAUGAUGAAGUUGGUGGCGUGACUGUGGCUCUCCACAUAGGCCUACCGAGCCCUGGUGCAGUUGAUCUGGUAUCAAGACUCUCCCCAACCUCAGAAGACAACGCAGAAAAGGAAGAAGAAGAAGGUGAUGAUGUCGUUACCUCAGGCUACCCUUCCAAUUCCUUAGGGAGGCUCAACAAAGGCCAGUACUGGAUUCCCACGCCUUCUCAAAUCCUUAUUGGACCUACCCAGUUCUCUUGCCCUGUCUGCUACAAGACUUUUAAUAGAUACAACAACAUGCAGAUGCACAAGUGGGGGCAUGGAUCACAGUAUAGGAAGGGACCAGAGUCUCUAAGAGGCAUCCAACCGACGGCCAUGCUGAGGCUUCCGUGCUACUGCUGCGCGCCUGGCUGCAGGAACAACAUAGACCAUCCAAGAUCGAAGCCAUUGAAGGACUUCAGGACCCUCCAAACUCACUACAAAAGGAAGCACGGCAUCAAGCCGUUCAUGUGCCGGAAGUGCGGAAAGGCCUUCGCAGUGAAAGGAGAUUGGAGAACCCAUGAAAAGAACUGUGGAAAACUGUGGUACUGCAUCUGUGGCUCCGACUUCAAGCACAAGAGAUCGCUGAAGGACCACAUCAAGUCCUUUGGGCAUGGCCAUGCUGCUUACGGCAUCAACUGCUUCGAGGAGGAAGACGAUCCAUCGUCGGAGAUCGAACAAGAUUGCCACCAACUAAAUGAGUGUCACCGGGGUCCUGUAAAUCAAUGAAGGUAUACAUUGGUAUCUCCCUUACCUGGUUCGUGCUUGUGUCCAUAUUGUAAUGAAGCAAGAUAAGAGUCUCCAGUUGCUACGUUUAGGGCACAUAUGAACUGCCUCAUUUCUUUUCCUUGUUCGGACGAGCUUGUAUGUCCA